ACACACACUAAAGAAUAUUGAGAAAAAAUAGCACUAUUUUCUUCUAAUUUUUCAAAUGGAUUUUUUCUCAACUUCUUCGCUUUCCCCUUAUUAUCAUCUCAUUUUCACUAUUUUAGCAUUUGUUAUUUCUACCUUAAUUUACUUGUUAACCAAAAAAAACAAUUCAAAAAAACUAAGGUUACCUCCCGGUCCACCGGGAUGGCCGGUAGUCGGUAACCUUUUACAAGUCGCACGAUCUGGAAAACCAUUUUUCCAGAUCAUGCGCGAACUUCGUCAGAAGUACGGUCCUAUUUUUACCCUAAGAAUGGGUACUAGGACCAUGAUCAUUAUAAGCAACGCGGACUUAGUCCACGAAGCAUUGGUCCAAAAAGGUCAGGUUUUCGCGAGUAGACCUCGCGAAAACCCGACCAGGACCGUGUUUAGUUGUGACAAGUUUACGGUCAAUGCGGCCGUAUACGGGCCAGUUUGGAGGUCAUUACGGAAAAAUAUGGUACAAAACGGGCUUAGCUCAAUAAAGCUAAAAGAGUUUCGGGCCGUACGAAAAAGCGCUAUGGAUAAGAUGAUAGAGAAAAUUCGGGCCGAGGCUGAUGCAAAUGACGGCGUAGUUUGGGUGUUGAAAAACGCCCGAUUUGCCGUCUUCUGCAUCCUACUCGCGAUGUGUUUUGGGGUCGAGAUGGACGAAAAAACGAUUGAAAUGAUCGAUCAAAUGAUGAAAAGUGUUUUGAUUGCGCUUGAUCCCAGACUGGAUGAUUAUUUACCAAUUUUAAGCCCGUUUUUCUCUAAACAAAGAAAACGGGCCAUGGAUGUUAGAAAACAACAAAUUGAAACAAUUGUGCCAUUUAUUGAAAAACGUAAGAAGAUUCUAGAAAGUCCAGAAAUUGAUGAAACUGCAGCUUCAUUUUCAUACCUUGACACACUUUUUGAUCUCAAAAUUGAAGGUAGAAAUUCAGCGCCGACGAAGCCAGAACUAGUCACAUUAUGUUCAGAGUUUCUUAACGGAGGGACAGACACAACGGCAACAGCAAUAGAGUGGGCCAUAGGUAGAAUUAUUGAAAAUCCAAGUAUACAAUCGCGAUUAUACGAAGAAAUAAAAAAUACUGUUGGAGAAAAUAAAGUCGAUGAAAAAGACAUAGAAAAAAUGCCAUAUUUAAACGCGGUAAUAAAAGAAUUAUUACGUAAGCAUCCACCUACGUACAUGUCAUUGACCCAUGCAGUAACGGAGCCAGCUAAAUUGGGCGGGUAUGAUAUACCCACUGAUGUAAAUGUUGAGAUUUUCUUACCCGGGAUUUCGGAUGACCCGAAUUUAUGGUCCGAACCCGAGAAGUUUGACCCAGAUAGGUUUUUUUUGGGUAAGGAGGACGCGGAUAUGACAGGUAUAUCGGGUGUGAAAAUGAUACCAUUUGGUAUGGGUCGGAGGAUUUGCCCCGGUUUGAAUAUGGCAACGGUCCAUGUGAGUUUAAUGUUGGCCCGAUUAAUUCAAGAAUUCGAAUGGUCCGACCCGGAAAAUACCCGAGUGGAUUUUACUGAAAAAUUGGAAUUUACUGUGGUGAUGAAAAAUACUCUAAGAGCUAAAAUUAAACCAAGAAUGUAAUAAUUAAUUUAAU